AUGGCAAACGAACAAGAAAAGCGAGACGUUGCCAAACAGCCACGGUGCGUGCAGAGGAAACCUGGAUUGGAACGACUGGGCAGCCAAGACGAUGAUGCCUCCAUGCCUGUGCCCGCCAAACAUGGGCACAUCAGAUCGAGCACUUGGAUAGAUACUCAAAGUGAGCCUGCUACAUCACCCAAUAGCCCUAGCGCGCCGCUGCUAUUGCAAAGCAUGCAUUCGCACAGCGCCAAACAACUAGGCGAAGAGCGAAAGAAACAGAUGCUCGAAGAACAGAGAGUACUAUGGGAGUCUACGCUUCCUAAAUCUCUCUUAGAUCAUAUUGGGGGUUUCGCUACCGGACGCCAUUUCGACUAUGUGCAUCCUACAGGCAUGCGCCGAAGCAGCUGA